GACAAUAAAGCUGGGUUUGGCCUCCUGUGUGACUCUUUGUUGCUGUAACGUUCGUAGUUGCUGAGAGGAGAAAUGGCGCAGCGAGGAAAUCAACCGGAUUCAGAGAAAUUCUCUUGUUCCAUCUGUCUGGAUCUACUGAAGGAUCCGGUCACUACUUCCUGUGGACACAGCUACUGCAUGGACUGUAUUAAAACACACUGGGAUGGAGAGGAUGGUCAGAGAAUCUACAGCUGCCCUCAGUGCAGGAAGACUUUCACACCGAGGCCUGUCCUGCAGAAAAACGUCCUGUUAGCAGAGUUAGUGGAGGAUCUGAAGAAGACUGAACUCCAAGCUGCUGCUGAUGAUCACUGCUAUGCUGGACCUGAAGAUGUGGCCUGUGAUGUCUGCACUGGGAGGAAGAGGAAGACUGUCAAGUCCUGUGUGGUUUGUUUGGCUUCUUAUUGUGAAAUUCACCUCCAACCUCACUAUGAUUCACCUCCAUUAAAGAAACACCAGCUGGUGGAGCCCUCCAAGAACCUCCAGGAGAACAUCUGCUCUCAUCAUGAUGAGGUGAUGAAGAUUUUCUGUCUCACUGAUCAGCAGUUGAUCUGUUAUCUCUGCACAAUGGAUGAGCAUAAAGGACAUGAAACAGUCCCAGCAGCAGCAGAAAGGAAGAAGAAGCAGAAGGAGCUGGAGGUGAGUCGACUGAACAUCCAGCAGAGAAUCCAGGACAGACAGAAAGAUGUGGAGCUGCUUCAACAGGAGCUGGAGGACAUCAAUGUAUCUGCUCAUAAAACAGUGGAGGAAAGUGAGAAGAUGUUCAACCAGAUGAUCCAUCUCAUCCAGAAUAGAGGCCGAGAUGUGGAGCAGCAGAUCAGAUCCCAGCAGGAGACUGAAGUGAGUCGAGUGAAAGAGCUUCAGGAGAAGCUGGAGCAGGAGAUCAGAGAUCUGAAGAGGAAAGACGCUGAGCUGAAGCAGUUCUCAGAUACACCAGAUCACAACCAGUUUCUCCUCAACUACCCCUCAGUGUCAGCACUCAGUGAGUCCACACACUCAUCCAGCAUCAACAUCCGUCCUCUGAGACACUUUGAGGACGUGACAGCAGCUGUGAAAGAGCUCAGAGAUCAACUACAGGACAUUCUGAGGGACACGUGGACAAACAUCUCACUGGCAAUCACUGAAGUGGAUGUUUUACUGUCAGAACCACAACCAAAGACCAGAGAUGAGUUCUUAAAAUAUUCAAGAGAAAUCACUCUGGAUCCAAACACAGCAAACGCAUGGCUGUUAUUAUCUGAAGGGAACAGAAAAGUAACAGUAAUGAGACAAGAACAACUUUAUCCUGAUCAUCCAGACAGAUUCACUUAUUUUCGGCAGGUCCUGAGUAAAGAGAGUCUGACUGGACGUUGUUACUGGGAGGUGGAGUGGAGAGGGCAAGGAGUUGAUGUAGCGGUCGCAUACAAGGAUAUCUGCAGAACAGGAAACUCAUUUGAAUGUGUAUUUGGACAAAAUGACAUAUCUUGGUCUUUACGUUGUAACACCAACAGCUAUUCAUUUUGGCAUGGUACCAUCCAAACUCCCCUCUCUGGUCCUCGGUCCUCCAGAAUCGGAGUUUAUCUGGAUCACAGAGCAGGUAUUCUGUCUUUCUACAGCGUCUCUGAAAUCAUGACUCUCCUCCACAGAGUCCAGACCACAUUCACUGAGCUCAUACAUGCUGGAGUUUGGCUUCCAUAUGAUGGAGACACUGCAGAGUUCCUUAAACUCAAACAGAGUAGCUCCAGUGUCUGAGGGUCGGUUCAUGUUCAGCCCUGAUUUAAGUUCAUGAUCUACAGUUUGCUUCAGUAGUUGCAGCAUUAAUUAGUCACAUGACCAUGGAACCGUUUGAUUCUUCAAUGUUUUAGCCUUUUUAAAUCUGCUUUCAGCUUCUGAAACGUGAACAUCUGACUCUUAUCUGGCACUAGGAUGCCGGUAUAACCUGCCUGUAUCUCCAUUUUCAGUCGUUAGCUUUCAUGUGGCACCAGGAUGACAGUUUCACAAUUCUGUCCCCUGGAGAUUAUCCUCUGUGUACUGAGAUGUGAGGAGCCGGCAAUACCUGGCUUCUGUUAGGACAGCAUACCAACCACAACAGACUGUGAUUCUCAGAAGGUGAGUUUAGAAAGACCAGAGUGUAAACUACACAUUUCAUACAGAGAGUGAUGAGAGGUGGUGACAUAAUUUUAAAAAUAUGAAGAAAAGUAAGUUUUUGAAUAAUAAGGAUGUGAUGUUUAUUUUCAUGAAGGUGAAACUUCACAAUGAGGCUGACAUGUUGGUUCAGUGUGGAAGCAGCAACAUGGUGAGUCUCAUUUUAAAGCAUUGGGACACAAUAAGUGAGGAUUAAUGGAGAUUUACAUUGAUUCUGACACUUUAUAGACUCGCCACUGAAACGCUGAGUGGCAUAGGUUUUACAGGUAAAAUAUGGAAACAUCAACAACAAACAGAAAAUGUGCUUCUGUGUCAGCUUGACACAUGAAACCACUAAAUUCACAUUUUAUUGUAAAUAUUUCCAUGUUUUCACAUUUUACCUUCUCAGAAACUAUUUAGCAACUUAAAAGUUGCAUGAAAAUGUAACAGCAAAUGACUUUUCAUGUCCUUCUGAAUCUGGUCUUUGCUUUCCUUUCAUUUGAAUUCAUGUUUCUUCAAUCUCAUAUUCGUGAUGUAUUUAUGGAACCAGCUGAGGUGAUGGAAAAAUCAGCUAUUUAUUCAAAUGUGAAUUUGAAGGUGAAUCAUUCAAAUGCACUUCAUUUCUCUUUCACAGGGAUACAUGUACAGAAUAUGUUGGAUUUGCAUUUUAUUGUGGAUAUUCUGAUGGAACAUAGUGAUUUUUCAACAAGUCCUCCAAUUCAUACAACCGCAUUGGUCGUUUGCACCGUGCACCGGAAUACGACCUAUGCGGUCGUAUGAACGUUUGCGCCCCUACGGGGAAAACGAACGCAUUACGGGAUUUAAUUCGCGAAACGGCUUUUCCGUCGCAAAACGGCUUUUUUCUCACUUUCCCAACACGUUUUUAGGGUUAUGGUGAAGGUUAGGGUUAGGGAUAGGGACAGGGAUAGUGUUAGAUAAAAGUUUGUUCAUAAUGACGUUUCACCUGCGACUCCAGAGUGUCGAUAUUUACUCAACCGCCAGAGGUCGCAUAGUCAAAACGUAACACUGGGUCGUAAUACGGGCGUGUACAGACGACCUAUGUGGUCGUUUUUGGUUUGAGGACAGGCUCUGAUUUUUACUGCAGUCAGUAGUCAUUUAGUAAUCUUACUUGGUGAUUUGUUAAAAUUUUAUUGGUGUGUUUUGUCUUGCUUGUAAACUGUUGACAAAUUUGUGAUUCAGUUUCAUGUUAA